AUGGCCGAAGAAGAGCGGAAGGCAUCCGCAAGCGGGUUUCCCACAGACCCAGCAGACUUCGAUGCCGAUCCACGAAUCUCGUUCUCGAAGCUCGAUGGGAAAUUUAUUUUGGAGACGGAUGACGGCCAGGAGUUUGCGUAUGAUGAUGCGCUAAAACGCUGGGUGCAAACGAUUGACGAUGCUUUACUGGAACAACAGCGACAGGCGUACAGAGUCGAAGGAGUAGACGAGGAAGAGACAGUGACAAGGUCUCAAUUGAGGAAGAAGAAACGAAAGCUUGGAGACGAUGAAAACGGCCAAAAGCAGAAGAAGCCCCGCGUGAAUACCGCAGUGUACAUCACAUCUAUACCCCUCGACGCAACGCUAGACGAGAUUCGCGAUGUGUUCUCUAAAUGCGGCGUGAUCGCCGAAGAGAUCGAUAGCGGCCGACCACGAAUAAAGAUGUAUAUGGACGACGAUAGCAAGUUCAAGGGCGAAGCGCUAGUCGUCUACUUUCGGCCGGAGUCAGUGAAUCUCGCCAUUCAGAUGCUUGACGAGUCCAAUUUCAGGAUAGGACAGUCGGGCCCGCUGGGUCCGAUGAAGGUGCAGGCGGCGGACUUCUCGUUCAAGAGCCAGCAAGAAGCCCCGACUAGCAUCAGCAUGCGGGAUAAGAAGAAGAUAAUGCAGAGGACGCAAAAGUUGAAUAGCAAACUCGCCGAUUGGGACGACGAUGAUCCUUCAGCGCUGCCCGACACCAGUUCGCGAUUGGAAAAGGUGGUGGUCUUGAAACAUAUGUUCACGCUGGAGGAAAUCGAGAAAGAUCCCGCCGCAAUUCUUGAUAUCAAGGAAGAUAUUCGCGACGAAUGCUCCAAGUUGGGCGACAUCACGAAUGUCGUUCUCUACGAUAAGGAGCCCGACGGCGUGGUCACGGUACGCUUCAGCGACCCCGACGCGGCUAGGCAAUGCGUGAAGACCAUGGGAGGCCGAUAUUUUGGCGGAACUCAAGUGGUGGCCUAUAUCUCCGACGGAUCUGAGAAGUUCAAGAAAACCAAUGAGAAACGCGCCGCGCUGGAAGACCUGGCUGAAGGACGCGACCCAGAUGAUGAGGCGGAACGCUUAGAGGUGUUUGGGUCGUGGCUUGAGAAUCAACGAGAGAGCGAGCGGGUUGUGGAAAAUUCUGCUCGAUGA